AGGGUUUGGAGCCAGAUUUGUUUACAUUCAAUACCCUUUUGAAUGGGUUAUAUGGGAAGGGUCGGUUCUCAGAUGGUAAAAAGAUAUGGGAGCUAAUGUAGAAGAAGAAUGUUGUCCCUGACAUUAGGAGUUACAAUGCAAAGUUGCUUGGAUUGGCGUUGGACAAGAAAACCAAAGAGGCGAUGGAGUUAGUUGAAGAAAUGAAGACUAGGGCAGUCAAACCAAAUGCGUUUAGUUUCAAUGCUCUGAUCAAAGGAUAUGUUAUGGAGGGGAACUUGGAAGAAGCGAAGUGGUGGUACGAUAAAAUAGGCGAGGGCGAGAGUGCCCCAGCCCCUGGUAAAAAGACUUUCGAGAUUGUUGUUCCCUUCGUUUGUGAGAAGGGUGAGCUAGAGCUAGCCUUUGAGCUGUGCAAGGAAAUUUUCAAGAGGAAGUUCCUUGUUGAUGUUUCGUUAUUGCAGCUUGUGGUAAAUACACUGGUUAAGGAGUCUAAAAAGGAGGAAGCAAAGAAGCUUGUGCAGCUUGGGAAGAGACAUAGUUAUUGCCGUUAUGACCUGAAAUUGCCUUCCUGUGAGUAGUGCUAUGGUUUUCCGAUCCUUUUUUCGUUGCAAGGACCUUCGGUGGAGCCGGGGAAGGUCGAAUAAUUAUUUUCGUUGCACUUUUGUGCUUAGUUAAUCCUAUUGAAAUCUGUUAUCAGUUCUCUUUUGGAAAACUACAUUUAUCCUUUCUAACUUCUACCCAAUCUACAAUG